CAAAGACUCAAAAACCCAAAUCCCCUAACCUUCUACCUCUCUUCUUUCCUUUGUUCAAGAAAACCAUAACAGGUAGGGGGAAGUGGAACCCUAGCCCCUUGGCCCCUUCUUCUACAUCUACGUUCCCAGCGAUUGGCGACCAAAGGCUAUAGCUUGGACAUCAAUACCCCUGCUCCCUUCCUCUUCUCCGAUUCUCUUCCCAUCUGUUGUUGAAUACCCAAUCGAGGCGAUUACAGCGGCGGGAGGGCGACACGUCCGUUCUUCUUCUUUUUCGUCUCUGUUCGGCCAGCGAUUCUACUAUUUCCUGUAAGAUAUGGGAGGUCAUGGAGGUCUAAACAUUCUACCGCAGAAGCGCUGGAAUGUUUAUAACUAUGAAAACAGAGAGAAAGUCCGACGUGAUGAAGAAGCCGCAGCUAAAGAAGAGCAGCUCAAGUUAGAACAAGCCAGAAAGUGUGAUGCAGAAUUCCGUUUGGAGAGGCUUAGGCAAAACCGAGGUUUACCUCCUGCUGCUGAAGUGGGUGCACCUGUCCCAUCGGAACAAAAAUCAAGUCAUAUUAAUCUCUUUGAAGGCCUGAAAAUAUUUCCCUCUCUUGGUGUUGCCGAGGAAGAAAAAGAUGUUGAAAGGGACAGCUUCAAGAAGAAGAAAGCAAAGAAGGAAGAGAAAGCCCCAAAAGUGGUUCCGCCAGAGGAUGAAAAGUACAGGCUGGGAUAUGGUCUUGCUGGAAAAGGCGUGAAAAAACCAUGGUACCUUUUGAGACCUUCUGAUGAUGUGAAGCCUGAAAGUGAUGGAUUUCCAUCAGGAUCAGUGAAGCCUGAGGAGAGUAAGAAAUCAGGGAAGAAGACAUUGGAGGAACUUAGGGAGGAGCGGGUGAAGAGAGAGAAGAGAGAAAAGGAGAGGGAACGGGCUCUGGUACUGGAGAAGAACAGGAGAGGAGGCAAUGUGAGUGCCAAAGCUUUUUCGAGGCAGGGGCUGUAAAUUGAGUUUUGGAUAAACGGACAACUUGAAUAUCAAUAGAUUAAUCAUCUGUCACUGGAACUUGCAUUUUACAGGGCAGCUGUUUCACGAGGUAAUUGUGGGAUAGUAAGCGCAAAUAUUGGCCAGGAAACUGUAGUUUUUCGGGUUCCACUCGUUCCAAGAGAGAGCUUUUCAACCCUAGCAAUUGGUGGUUCACCAUUAUUUUCUUUCAACGUCAGUAAGGUUUGGAGUUGCAAACAUUGAAGUCUGAUACAUGUUCAUACUGAACUAUAAAAAUAAAUGGAUUCAUAUUGGAGAUGGGUGGGUGGCUGUUUCUUCGAAGUUCUUGGUGGAAUACAGCUUAUUUUGGGUUGUUAAUUAUGUAAAUAAUUUGAAGAAAUGUCUGUAUUUUGAAUCUUGCCUUGUUAUCCCAUGUUAAGCUACUGGAUGUCGGAAACUGAUGCGGGUGAAUAGCAUGAAUUGAAUGAUGGCACUAUUUAUGGUA